AUGAAUAAAAAGAACUAGAAUAAUUCCACCUUAGGUGGGGAGAAUAAUGGCUAGGAUAAGCAUAAUAUAGAUGAUGAAGACUAUAGAAUUGAAGCAGAGAAGAUAAUAAAGGAAGAAAUAUAAAAAGGGUCUCAGAAAUUAGUCCUAGAAAAUUUGAAGCUUUAAGACUUAACAUUUAUGAGUGGCAUACAAUGGGACUCGCUCUAUGAAAUUGAUUUGCAUAAAAAUUUGCUCUCUUCUAUAGAUAUUUUGAACUAAUUUCGUAAUUUGAGGACAAUUAAAGCAAGUGAUAACUAUAUAACAGAGAUAAACUUGAAUUUAUAAAGAUUGGAAGAUCUAGAUCUGCAUAAUAACUAUAUUAAUAAGUUCCCUCUGCUUCACUCACUGCCUAAAAUUUAAAAAUUGAAUUUAAAUGCUAACAAAAUCUCAGAUUUCAGAGUUGAAUUUAAACCACCUAGUUCAUUGUCAAUUUAGUACUUAGAUAUUGGAAGUAAUUCGAUAGACUUUUCAUCUAAUCAUGAAUUUUACGAUUUCCUUGAGAAAAUUAAAAGACUUAAAAGUCUCAAAGCACUAAUUAUUUCUAAUAAUCCAUUUUCAGAUGAGAAAAAGUUUGACCAGAUUGUAUCGCAAAUACCAUCACUUGAAAUGUUCAAUUUUGAAAGAGCUGAAGAAUAUCGCAAAUAAGUCUUGGAUGAUGAUAAAAAAGGCGGUAAAGAUGGGACCAAGAGAGGAGAUAAGAAAAAGGGGACAAAGGGCAAAACUAAAGUUGACAAAACUACAUUUUACUUUCCUACUCUGGAAUUAUUAUGCCACAAUUUGGAGGCAGCCAAUAGCCAUCCAUCUUAUGCACUUGAUCAUCUUAAAGAUUUAGCCCAAGAUGUAGAUAAAAUUACUGAACAUCUUGAAAUGAUAGAUGAAUAUUUAGCCAAAGGAAAAGACGAAGUUGAAAUUGUAAGAUAUAUAUAUUAAUGCUAAAUUUUUUAGAAUGACAUGAUAUAAGAUUUUAUGCAGAACGCUUAACUUUUGAUUGAUAACCAUUUUGAGUUACAAAAUAUUAUGCUAACAAUUUUGUCAAAGCUUUCAAUUAUAAAGUUCUAUGAUUUCGGUGUUAGCUGUUUUAAUACCUUAAAAGACUUAAUGGUAGCAGGAAGAGAAAUGGAGGAAAGAGUUAUUGAUGUUCUAAAAAGAGAAGUGGUAAAUAAAUUACAAUAAUAGAAUCCAGAAAUGAUUCCAGCAUCUCUGCUUAAAGGUCUCUAUGAAUUAGUGAAACUUACUGGAAAAGCCGAAAUGCUUACUGGUCUUUAUGAAAACUGCUUUUAAUAAUGGCUUAGAUCACUUCUAGACAAGAUAAAUUCAUUCAAAAGAAUAGGAGCUAUCUUUGAAAAUAAUGAUCAUUAUGACUCAAUAAUUGCUCUAUUAGCUGUAUCACUUAAGGACUGUAGAUAAAAUGUUAACAUGGCUAUUAAAAAGGAACUGAUAGAAUUAAUAGCAGAAAUAUUAGAUGAAAGUACAUGGGAAUAGUAACGUUACAUAAAUUGCUUGAGAAUUGUGGAAUAUAUUUGCAUGUUUUCAGAAUCAGCUGCUAACAAAUUUAUAGAUAAAACCGUGCAUAAUAAUAUUAUGAAGAAUAUUAGAUAAUCCAUGCAUAUUUACAAAAAGAAUAAUGAUUUAAGAGAUGAGGACUCUAAAGACACAGAAGAAAAAGUGAAACUCAAAUAUUUGACGAUUGCAGCUGAAAUUGAUGCAUUGGGUGGAUUAUUAGAAGCAGAAAGAUAAAAAAGACUCUCAAUUAUAAAUGAUGGUCUGCUUGAUGAGAUGCUACAAAUAACUUCUCACUACAAAACUGAUCCAGUACUACUGACUUCUCUUUGCAAGUUUGCAAAGCAACUGUUUUCAAGAGAAGAAUUGAAAAAUAAUCAGCAUUUAUUAGAACCGAAGAUAAAGAAAAUGCAAAAUCUUGUCUAAUUAAUUCCUUAUCUGGGUUUAAAAAAGUAUGAAGACUUAUUAAAAAUGGCAAGAAGAUAUUAUGAUCCAUCAAGCUUUGCAGAUAAAGAGAAACCUACAUAACUAUAACACUUAGAUGAUGUAGUUGUUUAGGAAUUAUUUAUUGCGAUUAUUAACCUGAUUAACUUUUUUUGCGAGGAAGCUGAAAAAGUUGGGUCAUCUCCUAUAUUUGAAGAAGUUUCAUAGUCACUUAAUGACGUUGGUAGAGAAGCAGCUUUGUUUAAUUGUCUCGAAGUUCCUAAUGACGAUGUUAAGCUAGCUGUUGUUGAAUGCCUUAACAAUGUACCAUUAUCUGAAUUUGACACUGAAGAAAUAGCAACAGUUAUUAGAUUACUAGGUUCUUAUAAAAAUAUCGGUGCUGGUAAAACUGAAUUUGUAUUAGCUAAAAUUUUUUGGAUACUUAUGAAGCUAACUAACGAUAAAGAGAGUGAUAGUGGUAAGAAUUUCAGAUUAAAAUUUGGAGAGAAAGCAAUAUCAGAGGCACUUGAUAUACUUAUUAGAAAUUUAAUGAGAGUAGUAGAGGAUCCUGACGAAGAGAUGGAAAAAUUAGCCUUAUCUAUAAGUUGCGUUCAUUUCCUUAAGUUCACCUCAAUAAAUCCAGAUCUUAAAAAAUAUAUGACAAGUAGACAUGAUGAAUUCAAGCAAGCUUUGUAUGCUGAUGAGUAAUGUACAAGUUAUGAACUGAUGAAAUAUCCUAUCGAAAUCGAAGAAACUUGGAUAGGAAGAAAUAUGGAUGUGCUCAUUUAUGCUGUAACGGGGGUUGAUUCAAUUGAUCCAUACAACUAUGUAUCUUUUAGACUUUUACAAAGAAUGGCGGAUAUACUUAUGAAUAAAAUUGAUAUUGAUGUGAUAGAUCCCUUCUAACCUGAAAUUGAUGUCGUUGAACACCUUAAAAAUUACUAUAGAUAAAAACUAAGAAAUAGAAAAAAUGCUGAAAGGACCUACUGGGAUGAUCCUUCUGAAGAUUUUGUUUAAAAAUUGCAAUCCACAAAUGCUGAUCAGUUUAACACCUAUUUUUAACAGCAUUAUCUAUUUACAUCGAAUAAUGGAAUUCCAUUGAUUAGAAUGUUUUUGACAAAAAAGGUUCCUGAAUAUGAGUAAUAUUUAAAAAAAGAAUACUCUGAUGCCUAUGACACAAGUAAAUUGAAGCUUGAGAAGUUUAUUCUUGAGAAAAAGAGCAAAUAUGAAUUGAGCGAGUUUGAAAAGUAACGCUAGGAGGAAGAAAGAAAAGCAAAAGGGAUAAUUAAGAACAAAAAACCAGAGGAUGAAAAAGAUGAGGAUGAAUAAGGAAUUAACAUACUAAGAAUGGCUUUACAAUAGGAAGAUCUGGGCUCUAAUUAUGAUGAAUAAGCCGCUUAGGAUUUAUUUGUCUAAAAUGCUUAAGUUAAGAGCCAAAAUGUUGAAAAUAUUAAGAAGAGAGAUUACAAGAUUGGAGUAUAAAAUUUAAAAAUGAGAUCACUCUGUAUUGCUGCAUAUUUAAGAUGUCUGUUUGCUGCUUUGGAAUAUGCACCUAAUCAAGAGCUAAAAUUAGAAGCGAUCAGAAACUUGAAAGACGAAUUUGUUUUCAGAAAUAUUACCUAAUUAUGUGAUACAACGGGGUGGUUUGAGGCAAACAUUGGAGCUAAGUAUUUAAGGGUCAUGAGACAUAUAAUAAAAAUUCCUAAUCAUGAGGCGAAUGAAGAAUUUAAGAAUCUUCAACUCUAUGAAAUAAUAAGUGUUGUCAUUAGAAAAAUUCUAAAUAAACUCAUGAUAAAGAUAAAAAAUGAAUAAUAAAAGCCACUCACAAAUGAGGAUAAAAUUUUAAUAUAUGAGCUUGCAGCAACUUGCAGAUUGAUCUGUGACUAAUGCUCUUUAUUCAGAUGGUCAUCUAUGGAAGUAAAAUAAGUUGGAUCUCAUUCUAGAACUCGCAGGACUCCCUAAGAAAAGAUAAUAGAUAUAUAAAUAUCUCAACUUUUUCCUUCAUAAAGCAUAAGGACAUUUAUAGCUAUCCUCUUCAGAGAUAUGGGAAUAUCGUAUAGAAUAUUUGAGCAAGAAAAUAAAAAUGACGCCAUUGAUUCUAAUGAAAACGAGUUCAUAAAAUUAAAAAAUGAGAAGGCUAGAGAGCAAAUUAAGAUGUUUCUUGGUGAUUAUUUGAGUAAGUGUAAAGAUUAUAAAUAUGAUAUUCUUGAGGCAUUUAUGAAAGGAGUUGUUUUUGAAAAGAAAAAGCUAAGAGAGUCAUUUUUAUAAGAAAUCCUUAAAUCAUUACUUGAAGCAUCAUACAAAUAAUCAAUAGAGACUUAUAUUUUUGAAAAGAGAUUUGGAUUUGAAUUAGAUUAAAGAGAAAAGAUUAGCUUGAUAUAAUGGGUCGAUGCAUCAAUAGAUGGAAGUCAAAAUUUUAAAGCAAGAUUAAUAGUAUUUACAAACAAAGGAAUUCAUGUGAUGAGAUCUACAAACAAUAAACCUUGUAGUGUUUGUCCACCAGAAAAUUUAUGUCCUGAAGUGCAGCAGAGGAAAUGA